GCCCGCCGCGCCGCCGGCAUGAACUUGCCCGGGAGCUAGCGCGCCCCGCGCCGCCGCCCCGCACCGCCCUGGAUGUAGGAGCCGCCGCGCCGCGCUCCAAGAUGCUGCUGGUUUCCCAGCGGGUUGAAGCACCACGCAUGGAGCCGCAUCUGCCGUUACAGGGAUCCAUUAAGAGAAAACUGGAAGAUGAUAGCUCUCCUGCCUCCAGUGGCGUGCCUGAUGUCAUAUUCCCAAGUGACAAUAAGAGACUCUGCCUUGAUGAUGUAACUCUUUCCAUGGGCCAAGGCACCAAUCCCAACGUGCCAUGUCCAGAUAUGCAGAACUCUCCAUUCUCCACCAAUCACGGCGCUCCUUCUCUAGGAGUGGCUGGUCAUCCAGUGCUACUUGAAAACAAUCACAUGAAUGGCAGUGGCAUUGGUUCUCCAUUUUCCGUACCACCCAACACCGAGAUAGGUCAGAAAGGGUCAAUAGGUGGACAAAAUAAUAUCGUUCACUAUGACGAGAAAGGAAGCAGCAUGCAGUCUGUGGACCAGGAGCUGCAGGACCUGUUGGAAGAGCUGACAAAAAUGCCCGAUCCGUCUCCAAAUGACCUGGACCUUGAGAAGAUCUUGGGAAGCAAACCUGAGGAGCCGCUAAGCCUGAGUCACUCGCAGCCGAGCAUAAGCACCACUCCAAAGCCCUCUCCCCAGACGUCUCACCUGGAGAACCAUGUUACUAACAAAGACUUUUCUCCAGGUUGCAAUCCAACCAGUGGAGGAUCCCCCCAGAUGAGGCCUUCGUCCGCUGGGGCAAAUUAUCCUGUUCCUCCUCCAAAUAAAGCGGCUGCAUCGCCCAUCUCUACAGCAGCACAGAAUAAGAAUCAGCCGCCGUCGAUCCUCCCAGUACCUUUGUCCAACAUGCCUGGCUCUAACUGGCAUGCGCAACAGCUAAAGCAGCUGGCAGCAAGCAAGCAAGUAUCUACACCUAAGCCACAGGCUCCCAGCUGGCCAACCAUGUCCCCUCCAGGACUUUCUCCACCAUACAGGCCAGGAUCAUCCCCUCACCAUCAACCUUUCAGCCCUCAAAAUGUCAUGGUCUCUGGCAUGACCUCUAAUAGUUUACCAGGAAACAGCAUUCAGAGUCCUCAAAACACUCUGCUUUCAAACAUGGCUUCCAAUAGCAACCCAUCUAGUGGACCCUCCCCUCAAUAUGGGUCUGAGAAGCUCUCCAGCCCAGCUCUUAAUCAGCAGCCUUUCAGCCCUCAGAGCUCCAUGCUGCCUGGCAUGACUUCCACCAGCAUCCCUGCCAACAAUAUUAAGAGUCCACCGAACAACUUGGUUUCUAGCAUGGCCUCCACGAGCACGGGACCCUCCCCACCGUACAGGCCAGAAAAAUUGUCAAGCCCGGCUCUCCACCAGCAACCCUUUAGUCCGCAGAGCACGUUAAUCCCCAACAUCACACCCCCUAGCAAUUCCCCCAGCAUGCAGAACCCGCUUUUCAAAUCGAUGACAACCAGCCAGACCAAAAACAUGAACCUCAUUAUGCAGCAGCCAUCCAAUGGCUUGCAGCCGGGACUGGUGAGUGAGAAUCCGGUCAGCCAAGACCAAUUUUCUUUCAAUAACACCAAACCACUGUCUCAUUUUACAUCUGAGUCAACGGCUCAAAAGAUGCCCCCCAUGACUGCAGGGCAGGGGCAGCAGUCCCUCAUACACUAUCUCCAGCAACAGCAGCAGCAAGCUCCAACCACGCAGCAGGCUCUGCAGCAGGCAAGCAACUCACAGUUUAUCCAGCAGCAACUUCGACAACUCAUGCAGCCGCCUCGCUUGCAGAGACCAAUGCAGCCUACGCUGCCAUCUCAACCCAGACAGGAUCAAAACCCAGGCAUUGUUGCCAGACUUCAGGAGCCAGGCACUAUACCAGCUGCAGGCUCAGUGCCCGCGGCAGCCACAGUGAAUGGAUAUACGAUGAGGAACCAUUUACUGAAGCAACAAAUCAUGAGACGACAGCUGCUGCAGGAGAAGCAGAGACAAAACAUGCUGGCAGUAACGUCUGAGCAGAGGAGCUCGUUUGUGGCCCAGCAGGUGAACCAGUUUCAAGCAGUACAGCAGCCAAUACCCACCGACUGCAGUCAGUCCAUGCCAAAUCCCCCACCAAACCACCGCAUGAUGCCAUCCAACCCAGGGAUGCUCCAGAACACCUUGGGCUCUGGAAUCACUCCAGCCACCGCCGGCCAGAACAGCGGGACCAUGGUAAUGAUUCCACACAACGCUAACAAACAGCAGGGGAUUUUCCCCCCCAGUUCAGACUUUAACCUCCCACUGCGACCAAGCCAAAACUCGCUGGGUAUGAACUCCGGAUGCCAAACAGUUCACAGCCACGCUGCAGUCCAGCCAGGAAUGACAAUGCCAGUCUUCAGCUCCAGUUCCUUGGCGAACCCCUCUGCAACUCAACAACACUUAAGGCAGCCGAGUAUGCCAAGAAUUCCUAAUGUCUACCCAACCUCAUCUGCCCAGAUGUGGACGUCGACUGGGGUCCCACGAAUGCCAAACCAAAGCCAGAUGGAUACCAGCAUGCAGCAGUUCUCCAGUAACCCCCUCUUCUCCAAACAAAACGUGAGACCAAAUUUACCAGGCCAACAGUUUUCCCACCAGGCUGUCGUGCCGCCUAAUCAGAUUGCUCCUGGAGUCCAGGUCAGACAGAUGCAAAAACUAACCUUGGGGCAGUCUGGCCAGAGCCUGAGCCCAAUGAAUAAUCAGAACUUAAGACACAAUUUAACCAGAGGACCAUUGCCAGCCAUGAAUGUUAUGAAAUCGAUGCCACAAGGCGUGUCCAGUUUUAACCAGCUCAACCCUGCUCAAGGACUUGGGCUGCCAAGUUACUCCGCCGCCGGCCAGCCGGCUGGAACGUUCAACAGAAUGAGCACCGCUUCUGAGCUGCCCCACUAUGACUUUGUGCCACAGCAAAGUAAUUCGAUCUUGCCUGGCAACUGCAGCGAUACUGACUUCAUUGACUCUCUCAUGAAGAACAGCAGCAGUAGCAACGACGAAGAGUGGUUGCACAAUUUGACAAUGAUAGACGACAUUUUGGGACAGCAUGCGCAAAGCUCCGGACACGUUUAACUCAGAGGACAGCAGACUGCUUUGUACAUAACAGGAGCGUGACUUUUCAGCACAGAAGCAAAUCUGCAAAAGCCGCCGCCUCUUUCAGUACACGAUGACUGAACUCGGCCAAUUCUUUGCUUGCAUCAAAGGUUAAUAUUGGCAGUUUUUCAGAUGACUGUAUAUAUUUGAAUAUUUUGUAAAUUAUGUUUUCCUAAACCUUAAAUAUAGAAGUAUUUAUACUUCUUUGCUGGACUGUUUGUAAAUAAAUCUAUAGCAUAAUUUUUUUGUUUUGUUAUAGGAAUUUCAUUAUACCUUGUUAUAAAUAUGCAAAUAACAUUGUUAGUUUCAGUAAUACUGUGUAUUACAGCAUAAAAUACUUAUGUUUUUGACAUAACUUAACACAUGAACUAGGGGUGUCCAGGCAAACUGGCUAAACAGGAAGCAAAUGUAGUCAUUUAUCUCCCCUACCAGAAAACAAAAUUGAAGAGUUGCAUUAAAAACAAAAAAAAAACCUCAACUCAUUCAUAACUCCACUCCUGAAAUAAUCCUUACUGGAAGAUCCCAGCAGGGAUCCACGCAUGCAUAGCGAUCUGCUGACAGAUCCAUUUGCAGGUUCCCAGCAGAGUUGUCAGUCAGGAUACACUCCUAUACAUUGAUUAGGACAUUAAAUACAUAAAUUGUCUUGCACUGAGUAGAUGCUUGUGAUGUUACAACUUCUGACACAGAGUUUGUAACACUUGAUUGCAAACUCAUUGAGGACUUACCCUGUGUGAAAUGAGCUACACCUGAAGAGCAAAUCCUAUCCAGGGAUUGCAGAGUUCCCUUGUGACUGUAUCAUAUAAUGAAAAGAUAGCUCUGGUUUGCACACCUCUGCCAUGGAUAUUUGUAGUGUACAGGUGAUUUUUGUUCCUGGUUUUAAGGCUUUUCAUAAUUUCUGUUUUGAUGUGCGACUUUUUUUCAGGGGAAAAGUCUAUAAACAUUAAUAGUUAAUUUUUGAUGUUUUCUGUCAGCUCCUAUUGUCCUAUGUAUAUUUAAGAGUCUGUUUAUAAAAGAUUCACUGUACUGUAAACUUCUUAAAAUGUUCAUACUUUGUGUAAUCAUAUUUUAAUAGUCACGUCAUACUUCGCAAAACAUUUGUAAUAUAACGUCAGCUUCAAGCACAGAAUGUUUUUUUUUUUCUUCAUACCAUAAUAAACUGCCAGGGGAAAAUUGCA